UUUAAAAUCGAGUUGUGAUUGUUUUACUGAAUUUUUGACCUUCCCGGAAAACUAAAUAAUGGAUUUUCGACCAUAAAACUUUGUCUAUAGAUAGGAAAAAUGAUUCGUAGAAUAUUUUAAAAGUUUCAGUCGAAAAGAAUGUUUAUAUGUCGAGAUAUUGAAUUUUCUACUAAUAGUUGUUGAUCACAAAUAUCGAGUUUACUUGAAAAGGGAACAUUUUUUUUUGACUGAAACUUUCAAAGUAUUCUAACAAUCAUUGGAUCUAUCUAUAAGCAAAAUUACAAGUCGGUAUUCUAUAAUUUGAUAAUUCCGGUAAAUAUCAAAAUAUGUAUUAAAAAUCGACUUUGGAGACUCAUAGACACGAGCUCGUCUAAGAGUUAGGUAGUCUUACAAAGACUUUCUUAUGAGUUCAAAUAUAGUUCGGAUAGUUUCGCCGUGAGCCCUCUACAUUUGAGUUUCCUUCGAUCAAAAACUCAAGUUAAAAAUAUAUAAAACAAUAAUUAUUUCAUGCUGAAUAAAACUAUCAGUAGUUUUAAGGUUUUAAAACUUAUCGAAAUGGAUUUCUACUUUAUUUAAUGUUUCUAUAUUAGCUAAAGUUUAAAGAGUUAACGUUCUUUUAUGAUACCGUAAUAUUAAGUUAACAGAUCAUUAUUUUAAUGAAUUAAUAAAUGUUUUCAUUUAAUUAAUGGCAUGAUUACAAUUCAGAAAAUAAUAUUUGUAUAUGUCAAAUAAUUUAUACAUAAUAAAUUUAUCUUCUUUAUUUAUUGCUUAAUCAUUGAUAAUUUAUUUUUAUCUAUAUACAAAAAUGAAAAAAUCUAAGGAAAUAUUGAUUUAAUUUGUAUUAUAUAUAUAUAUUUUUUCUUUCAGGUAUUAUUCAUUAUGUGAAGUAUCUGUUGAAAAUGAUGUUAUAAAACAAAAACGUUUACCAGAUCAUAUUGAUAAUUUACCUGAACGUCUUCCAAUAAAUGCUCGUUAUUAUUUACGAAAUAAUCAUGCAAUUGAAACACUUGUACCAGAUCAUUUAAUAAAUGAAUUUAUACGUGAAGCACGUAUUCAUUUUUUGCAAUUAGAUCCACUUGAAGUUUGUGCACAAUUAACAUUAAAAGAUUUUGCAAUAUUUAAAUCUAUUCAACCAACAGAAUAUAUUGAUUAUAUAUUUAAAUUAAAAUCAUCUUAUGGUACACCACAUCUUGACAAAUUUCUUCUAUUACCUAAUCAAGAAAUGUAUUGGACUAUAACAGAAAUAAUACGUGAAACAAAUCUAAUGCAAAGAUCAAAAACAAUUAAACAUUUUAUUAAAAUAGCAAAAUCUUGUAAAGAUAUGAAAAAUUUUAAUUCCAUGUUUUCAAUUGUUAGUGGACUUGAUCAUAAAGCUGUACAACGUUUACAAGCUUCAUGGGAACAUGUACCAGAGAAAUAUAAAAAAAUAUUUGAAGUAAAUCAUUCUAUACUUAUAAUUAUAUUCUAUUUAUAA